AUGGGCAGACCACAGUUGUUCUACCAGACCUCGGACUGUGCUUACAUUUUUACCUGGGAGACCAGUCUUGUGUGCCUAGAUGCCUCUGGGUCAUUCAUCCCUGGUGAUGUCGCAGCCACCUCUGGACCGGCUGGUGGAGCUGUCGGGGCAGCCAAGAUUGCCAUUGGAGUGUCUGUGUUCAUGGCCAUUGUUGUAGCCUGUGUGCUGGUUCUUAUACUACACAAGCCAGAGAGAAGGGCUGUGAUUGGGUCCCGGCUGAAGAGCUUUGUUUUGUGCAGACAGCAGAAGGACAACCCAAUUGUCUACUCUCGGUUGUCCCAGUCGGAGCAUGAGGACUCGGUCAUUGAGGGUUUUCAUGACCCAUUCAACCCGUUUGAACCUGAGGAAGAAUCUGAGAUUAACAACAGCCAGCUGCCAGUACGUCCGCCCACCUACCGUGAUGACAGUGAUGAGGACAUGCUGUUGUAG